GGCUGGACUGCCGGGUAUGCGUCGCUAUGCGUCCUCCUCGCUAGUUGCCCGGCCCGCAGCGGGCAUGGUGCAGCCGCCGCCCGGGCGGCAUGGCGACCUGGAAGCGGGACAGUCGGCUCACCGCUCUGCAGCGGCUCAGCUGCGCCGGGCUGGCCGGGGCGCUGAGCCACAGCCUGACGGCGCCUCUGGAAGUUUUCACCGUCCUGGCCCAAGUUGGCACUCACCACUCGCGGCGAGGGCUCUGGGAGACGGGGCGCAGCUUAUGCAAGGCCGAAGGCAUUGGGGCCCUCUGGAAGGGCAACCUCACCGCCUGUUUGCGCCUCUUUCCCUACAGCGCCCUACAACUGGCCUCUUACCGCAGGUUUGUCUUGCUGUUUGUGGAUGAUUUGGGCCACAUCUCCCAGUGGGGUUCGAUCAUGGCUGGAAGUUUGGCUGGCAUGGUGGCUGCUGUUGCAACAUACCCAACCGAAGUCGUCAAAACCCGUCUCAUUGUACAGAACCGGUUGGAGCCCUCCUACAAAGGAAUUCUGCAUGCUUUGUACAUGAUUUAUCAUCAAGAAGGCGUCGCUGCACUUUAUCGUGGUGUUUCACUGUCAGUAUUAGGUGCUAUCCCAUUUUCCAUCGGCUCUUUCCUCGUUUACACACAUCUGGAUAAAAUCUGGGGUCAGCCCAGCAUCCGCUUCACUCCUGUGCAGAACUUUGUGAAUGGCUGCCUGGCUGCUGGGGUUGCACAGACACUUUCUUUCCCUUUUGAAACAGUCAAGAGGAAAAUGCAGGCUCAGAGUCCUUGCCUCCCACACCACGGAGGGGUUGAUGUCCAUUUUGCAGGCAUGGUGGACUGUUUUAAGCAAACGGUGAAGACAAAAGGGGUGCUCGCCCUUUGGAAUGGACUCACCGCUAACUUACUCAGGAUUGUUCCUUAUUUUGGAGUCAUGUUCAGCACUUUUGAAUUCUGUCGUCGCGUCUGCCUGUAUCGAAAUGGUUACAUUGAUUCCCCUCUGACCUACAAGCUAACUCCAGGUGUGGACCAGAGUUUAAAGCCUAAAGAACUGCAAGAAUUUAAACUACUUGGAAGAAGAAGCUUUUAAGCCUCAGGAUGCAUUUUCUGCAAAGCAAUACUAGGUCAACGCUGCAAAAUAAGACACUGUGGUUUACUACCAGCUAACUAGUCCUCAGUUUAACAGCAUGUGACUUUUUCCUUAAAAUGCCUCUUAUUGAUAAAACUAGGCCCGAACUACUGAAUGGGCCACUAAGCCAAUGGAGCGCACCCAAUAUUGAUUGUGAUCUGCCGUGCAGUAGAGAACCUCCAGCCUGUGGCCACAAGUGGCAUCAAGUGUGGAGCAGACGACUGCCCACUUGUCAAUCACAGGAUGCCACAAUGGCGUCAGGUGUAAGGUGCUUUGAAGUCCCAAAGUCAGGACUUCAAAGCACCUUGCAAGGCACUGCUAAAACAGAGGGCAGGGCGUCUUUCGUGUUCUUGGGUUUCCUUGCAAACCCCUCCCUGAAUCAGGAAAGGGUUUGCAUGGAAUCCUGCCAAACUGAGCAGGAUUUAACCCUGUUCAUCAACUGAUGAGUGGCAGUUAAAUCCUGCUCCGUUUGGCUGCACACCGGUUCAGGAUUUAACUCUGCCCUCCUGACUAUCAGCUAUCAGCUGACGUCUGCUGAUGGACGGGUGGGCACAGUUUUGGGGGAAGUGGCCUUGCAGGUGGUUGUUCCCUACCCCUGCUCCAAACAGACUUCAAAGAGGCUCCCUGAUCAUUAGUUACAGCAAACUGCCAUGGAGACACAUCUUCAAAGGAGGCUGAUGUUAAUUACCAAUCAGCUGUAACAACAGAGGGAUGAGGAAUUAGGGAUCCAGCCUGCUGGUUCCCUGAGCUGAGCAAGCCUGUUAUCUCAAACUAUACGUCCAGCAGAAUGAGAUGACAGAAUGGACUAUAACACUCAAGACUGAAAGUGGGGGUGUAUGCUUUUUUUUUAUUGCUCUCCCAUAGUUCACUCCACCGCAACAUAACACAACAAGAAGAAAAGUUCUAUUCCAGACCCCUCCUUGCUGUUCUAUUUUUUUCUGACUCCAAAUAGCUUUUUGAUAUAAGGGAGCACUGGCAUUUGUGGUCCCACCACCCCCUUUGAAAUGAUAGCCCUUUCUGUUCAUUUUACCACCUUAUUCUGCUAUGUAUGUAGACCUCAGAGGCCCCUGCUGUAUGUAGAGGCCCCAGAGAGGCAGCAAAAACAAAGUCUAUUGAACCUUUGCAGGCCAUCAUAUAUGGAAGGUGGGCUGCAUUCAGCACAUUGAAUCUCAGGUUGUACAUGCACGGCCUAUACUGAUGAUGUGACUGGAAUCCUAGCAGGGAUGCAAAGUCUUAUCGGCAGGGAGGAGAAAGAACCACUUCAACAUCUUUUGGGAGGGAGAAUGCCAAAGUGAGAAAUCAGGUGUUUUUACUUGCAUGCACUGAAAAUACUGAACUGUUUUUGAAAAGUAAAAAAAGCACAUGCAAAGAAUAAUCAAAAAUCAGACAAAAUUGACAUUUGGUGCUGCAUGUCUUUGGGGAAAUACAUUAGGUGGUUCACAGGUGGGGUUGCCCUGCCCACCUGUCAAAGCUGACCUAUAGGGGGCCACCAGGCCAAAAAGAUUCCCUGUUCAUGAUGUAUGUGAUAAGUAUGUAUGGAUAAGUUAAGUAUGGAGGUGUUGAUGGAGAGUAGUGAGAUGACAUGAUGGGAGUGCUUCUCCACAUCAGAAUUCCCUACUCAUAAGAAACCAGCACAGGGAGAUUAGAUUGGGAGCCUGUCUGAUAAAUGCAAGGUUUCCACAGGUACAAAGUUUAUUUUGGGAGGGUGAAUAUUUACAUAACACAAUGCUGGGUGCCACUUGAAUUCUGAAGUGGCACUGCACAAAGCAAACUUUGCUACAUUAUGCUUCUGGCUACGGGGACUGCAGAAUUUUCUGGUGGACUGUGACCUCAAUGCAAUGCAGGGAAAACCCACUGCUGGGUCUCUCUGUGAUUCCUAGAAAACCUCACAAAACCAGUGACUGUGCACUUUAUAAACGGCAAACCAAAAUGUAUGACAAACCAUUCUGGCUCUCAGGCACAUGGAAUGCAGGUGUACUAACAAAAGUGAGUCUCUGGGGAGGGUGUGUGGGUGUAUGUGUGUGUGUGUGGAAUUGUGGCUCUGUGUACCCUUGUUGUCAUUUUAGUUGUGAGCACAUGCACACUGCUGUCAACAAUUGCUGUUGAAACACUUGCAAUAACAGUCCUUGUUUCACUUUACCAAGGUGUAUUUGAUAUUAAACUUACCUUUUUCCAGGGUGGAAAAAAGUGCAAAAUGG